AUGGCUGAAAAUACACGAUCUAGUAAACAGCAGGAAAUGCUUGCCAAUCACGAGCACAGCAUUCAGGAGUUAAGGGAUCAAAUGCACCAGAUGAAUGACAUGAUGCGCACCAUGAUGGCUACUCAAAACCAGAUCCAAACACAACUUGUGACUCGGGAUCCUCGUGUAGAUGGAGAACAGGACCAGAUGGAACAUCGACGACCACCAUUUCGAGGAAUCAAGCUGGAGUUUCCUUCCUUUGAUGGCACAGACCCGGCGGGAUGGAUUUUUAAGGCCUCACAUUACUUUGACUUUCACCAAACACUUGGUGCCCAUAGACUUCUCAUGGCUUCCUACCAUAUGAAUGGUGAGGCUCUUGUGUGGUAUCAGGAUGCUGCAGACACUGGCCAAUUCACAUGCUGGCAAACUUUUAUCCAAGCUCUUCAACUCAGAUUCGGGCCUACUGCUUAUGAUGAUCCCAUGGAGGACAUCACACGCCUCAAGCAAACCUCCUCUGUGGCAGAAUACAAGGCCAGAUUUGAAGCCCUUUCCAAUAGACUGAAAAGACUUCCAGAUUCCCAUAAGUUAAGCUGCUUCCUCAGUGGCCUUCGAGAUGAGAUUCGCCUUCCCCUUCGUAUGUUCAAACCAGUAAAUCUGAAUGCAGCAUUUGGCCUCGCACGAAUCCAAGAGGAGUAUAUUGUCAGUUCAAGGAGAUCAACAAAAACAUGGGGGGAUAAGGGCAGUACAUCUUACUUCAGUAAUAACCAAGGAGGAUCAAUCAGUGAAAACACUCUUAGAAUUACCAGACCAGCAGUACCUACAAGAAAAAUUUCUUCUAUGCAAAUGGAUGAAAAAAGAAAAAAAGGCUUGUGUUAUCACUGUGAAGAGAAAUGGAACCCAUCGCAUGUGUGUAAAAACCCUAAGCUCUACUUACUACACGGUUCAGAAGCGGUUGCAGAAGACAUCACUGAUGAAGUAUUUUAUGACUCAAUAGAACCUGAAGAGACGGGGCCUAAACUAUUGCUGGGAAGUAAUCCAGAAAUUUCUCUCAAUGCACUCACGGGCACUCCUUGUCCGAAUACAAUGAGGGUACGGGGGAAGCUUGGCACCUCUAUGGUGGUGAUUUUGGUGGACUCCGAAAGCACCCACAAUUUUCUUGAUCCUCUAAUUGUAAAGAAAAAUCAGUUACCUAUGGAUGGAGCUGGACAGCUCAAGGUACGGGUGGCGAAUGGUGAGCUCUUGCAGAGUCAAGGCUAUUGCAGUAAUGUACUCACUAACAUACAAGGUACCACAUUCUCUCCCUCAUUUCACGUUUUAUCCUUACCUGGAUGUGGUGCUGUGCUGGGAGUACAGUGGUUAAAAAGCCUUGGACCAAUUACUUGGGAUUUUGCUAGCUUAGUGAUGCAAUUUCGGUGGAAGGGUAAAAUAGUGGGGUUGAAGGGCCUACAAUUAAGUGAUACUACUUUUGUUAAUGAAGAUGAUAAAUUUUUGUUGCAAACUGUUCAAAAAGGGAAGGCACUUAUUUUACAGUUAAUAGAUACUGAGGUGGAACAGCCAUCUCAGCCUCGCUGCACAGAAAUUUGUCAGUUGCUAGAACACUUUCACCAGGUCUUUCAUGAGCCUGUGGGCUUGCCUCCUCCCAGGUCUCAUGACCACAAGAUCGUUUUGAAGGAGGGCACUAGCCCAAUCUCUACCCGACCCUAUCGAUACCCCCACUACCAAAAGGCUGAAAUAGAAAAAAUUGUCUCUGAAUUACUGACAAAUGGAGUUAUUAGACCCAGCUCCAACCCUUUUUCAUCUCCUGUAUUGUUAGUCAGAAAACACGAUGGCAGUUGGCGUUUAUGUGUUGAUUACAGAGCCCUCAACAAGGAAACUAUUAAGGAUAAAUUCCCAAUUCCAGUAAUAGAUGAAUUACUGGAUGAGUUAUAUGGCUCAGUGGUAUUUUCCAAGUUAGACCUACGGUCUGGCUAUCAUCAAAUCAGGGUGGUAACUGAGGAUGUCCAUAAAACAGCCUUCCGCACCCAUGAAGGCCAUUAUGAAUUUUUGGUAAUGCCUUUUGGGCUUACCAAUGCACCCUCUACAUUUCAAGGGCUGAUGAAUACAGUUUUUAAACCUUUCUUGCGGAAAUUUGUGUUAGUUUUUUUUGACGACAUACUGGUUUACAGCAGCAGUAUGGAAGACCAUCUGGAUCAUUUACAGCAAGUCUUAAGGACCUUAGCUUAUCACUGUUUAUAUGCAAAAAGGUCUAAAUGUUUGUUUGGGGUGAAUGAAGUAGAAUAUUUGGGGCAUAUUGUGACUAUUGGUGGGGUCAAGGCAGAUCCAAAGAAGGUGGCAGCCAUGCUUGACUGGCCGGUGCCUAAGAACAUUAAAUCCUUACGAGGAUUUUUGGGGCUCACUGGGUAUUAUCGUAAGUUCAUUAAAGGGUAUGGACUCAUUGCAUCACCACUUACUGAAUUGUUGAAACUUAACUCAUUUUUCUGGAGUGAAAGGGCAGAUACAGCAUUUCAGGAUCUGAAGACAGCCGUGACUUCACCACCUGUUUUGAGGCUGCCAGACUUUUCACAACCUUUUACACUGGAAUGUGAUGCCAGCGGGGGAGGCAUAGGAGCUGUCCUAAUGCAAGAAGGCCAACCAAUAGCUUUUUUCAGCAAGGCUUUAAAGGGUAGAGCUCUGACCCUAUCAACUUAUGAGAAGGAGUUCCUAGCACUUGUAACAGCUGUUCAGAAAUGGCGACCUUAUCUAUUGGGUCAGUCUUUCACUAUCAAGACUGACCAGUAG